AUGGCGCACCAUGCGACGACCACCCAUCCGUCGCUCCCUCCGCUUCACAUUCGCACCGAUCUCCCGGAGGCAUCCUCUCAGUUGAGCCCGCCCAAGGACUGCGACCCCUUUAUGCACCAUAGCAUAUCGGCCAGCAGUCUUCCGCGCCGUACCCCGAGUCUGCGCGCGCUGGUGGCCGGACCCACGUCCAGCGGUGGUUCGUUAUCGCCUGCGUCCGGCUGGCCAUCCCCGCAGUUACUGGCCUGGGGCGAAAUCACCCCCCUUCCGUCCCCCAUCGGAGGCGCAUCGCCUUGGAGAGCGCACCGUCGCGGCUCUCAGUCGCUCUCGCGGACCCCAUCGAUGACGUCAAGAAAUGGUUCCAGCCUGAGCCUGCGACUCAGCGACUCGUCGCAAGCCCUCGGGCCGGCCGAGUCGCGAUCGCGCGGCAAGCAAUAUGUCGCAACCGACAAGUCCCAGUCCCCGGAGACCCCCAGCAAAGUUCAUACCGACACGGGUCCCAAACACGCGCGCAACCGCAGUCUGAGCGAAUAUGUGCCUCCGGGCCGCAGUGUGCCGGUCAAGCCCCGUCCCAUUGCGGUAUCGGGGACUGGCGUUGCCCCGGGCAUGUCCUCAUCUAGCGCCGAUUCUAAAGCCAACAACCUGCACCGAGAGCAAUACCUGGCGGUUCAUCGUGGCAUCGCGUUGCCCACGAUUCGACCUCCGUCCCCGCCGAGAAGCAGCCGCAGUGGAUUCGAAGAUGGCGAGACCGAGCCGGUCAUCACUCACGCCUCCGAACUGGGUGGAAUGGACGAAAUCUAUUCGGUGCGGUCGGUUCGAACACAGCAACCUCGCAAAUACCGCAAGAUCCGCCAAUUGGGCCAGGGGACCUUCAGUCAAGUUUGUCUGGGCGUCCGCAUGGAGUCGCACGAUAAUGACGCCCCAGGUGCUGUAAAUGGGAUCAAUCCUGCCACUCAGAAAUUGGUCGCCGUCAAGGUGAUCGAAUUCGGUCCUGCAGGUGGCGCCGACGAGGAGCGAUUGGAGGUUUCGCUUAAACGAGAGGUGGACAUCCUCAAGUCGAUCAAUCAUCCUUCGAUCGUCCAAUUGAAGGCAUUCGGGAGUGAUGAGAAGCGCGCUCUUCUAGUCCUGGAUUAUUGCCCCGGCGGUGACUUGUUUGAUCUCGCAUCGUCCAGCCCCAAGCCCAUGAGCCCCGAACUCAUUCGUCGCAUCUUCGCCGAGUUGGUUGGUGCCGUGCGUUACCUCCACGAGAACUAUGUGGUCCACCGGGACAUCAAGCUGGAGAAUGUCCUUGUCAAUCUCCCGAGCGAUGCAAUGGACAAAGUCAGCGACUGGCGAACGUACGACCGGGCCGUGAUCACGCUGAGUGACCUCGGCCUGUCGCGCCGCAUCCCCGAACCACCGGAGAGCCCUCUUCUGCAGACGCGUUGUGGCAGUGAGGACUAUGCUGCGCCGGAAAUCCUCAUGGGCCAACCGUAUGAUGGCCGCUCGACGGAUGCCUGGGCUCUGGGAGUUUUGCUCUAUGCGAUGAUGGAGAAUCGACUUCCCUUCGAUGCGUUGCCGGGCACUCGUGGAGAUCCAGCGAAACUCCGGGCUCGGACGCCUCAUCGCAUCGCCCGGGUUGAAUGGGCAUGGUAUCGAUACGCCAACAGCGAUGAGGAGUGGGAUCCGGAGAAGGGCAAGGACCUCGAAGGGGCCCGUGAGUGCGUGGAGGGACUGUUGAAGCGGAACACCAAGCGGAAGAGUCUGGACGAGAUUGCGUCUCUGGACUGGGUCCGCGAGGCGAUUGAUGUGCCCGGGGGACUCAAACGCGGUGAUAAAGAGGUCCCCUAG